UCGCUGUCGCUGUCCCACCUGGCGCACCGGUGCCGCGUGCAGUUCCAGGCCGCGGACGCCGCGCGCACGCACCUGGAGGUCGUCCCCGUGCUGAGCGCCGAGGAUUUCUCUCUGCGCCUGCUGCUGCCCCACACCGUCGACCUCAACGUGGCGGUGGCCAACGGCAGCGUCGCGCUGCGGGACAAGAUCGAGGGCGACGUCAAGGUGGUCGUGGGCCGCGGGGACGUCUCCGUCAACAAGCUGCGCGGCAAGGCCGUGAGUCUCAAGACCAACGGCGGCCGCAUCCAGGUGACGGCCCUGGUGGAGGGGGAGACCGUGAGGCUCGAGGCCAACGAGAGCGUCAGCUGCAAGAGGCUCAUGGCCGGCAGAGCCGACGUGAAGCUGGGCAAGGGCGCGCCGGCCGAGUCGGACUUCGGAGCCAUCUACGCGGCCACGUGCAGCGUCGUGUCGACGAACCAGAGCGGGGAGGCCGCGCUGCGUGUGGGCAACGUGCACGGAUACCUGCGAGUGUCCAGCGACGGACUCAAGAGCGUGCAGGUGGACAGCGUCACGGGCGCGCUGGAGGUGGAGGACGGCGGGGACAAGUGCGACGUCGUGGCCCACUUCGACUCGUGGACGAACGACGCCAGGAGCAGCAUCCUCGUGGGAGGCAACGUGCGGGUCUCGCUGCAGCCUGCUGCGCCCAUUGAAGUGGAGCUGCACGGCACCAAGGUCACGGUUGGGGACGGCUGUGAGUUCGCCAGCAGUGAGAUGGACCAGCUGGACGAGGACUACGCGGUGUUCACAGGCGAGCUCCGUGCUCAGGAGGGGGCGAUGGCUGCUGCGUCGGCGUCCACGGGCAAGAUCAACAUGGACAGCGCCAAGGACGACGCGAUGCGGACGUCCUUCUUCAUGAAGGAGGGGGCUGUUGACAGGGACGACGAUGCCACGUCGCCCCGGCUGUUCGUCCACGCGCUCAGUGGCGAGGUGACGCUGGACCAGCUCAACUGGAUGGACAACAUCAAGCGCAAGCACCUCAAGAGA